AGUGGUGCAGGAUCCUUCCGGGAGCCACACAGCAGGCUUGGUUUUGCAGAGGAGCUGGCGCCAGUGUUUUCCUGUGCUGUGCUGUGAGCACUGCAGCAGGGAGCUGUGAGGGGGCCAUGGGCAAGCUGGGAAGCCAUAGCAUGGAGACAGGGUCUUAAUAUGUACUUCUGGUUGUCCUGUAACUGAUUGCAUAGACUAGGCUGGCAUUCAACUCUGAGACAGAUAUAACUGCCUCUGACUUCUGAGUGCAGGGAUUAAAGAAUGCAGUGACCUAUGAUGAUGUGCAUGUCAACUUCACUUGGGAAGAGUGGACUUUGCUGGAUCCUUCCCAGAAGAAUCUCUACAAAGAUGUGAUGCUGGAGACCUACUGGAACCUCACUACUGUAGGAUACAGUUGGGAAGACCAUAAUAUUGAAGAACAUUGUCAAAGUUCUAGAAGACAUGAAAGGUAAAAAGGAUGAAUGCUUGAUCUGUCAAGUUCCUUGUCAAACAGUUUUACUUUCGAAACAUACUAACUCCAAUAUCCAGACAUUGUUUCUGGGCAUAGAUGGUCUGUGUAAGAAGUAUUCUCAGGAGACCUCUCAGAUUUCAGAAUUUCAAGAAAAACACAGGAGGAGACUGGUGGCCUUCUAUCGAGAAAAGAUUUCUCAGUUGGAGGAGUCCCUCAGAAAGUCAGUGCUACAAAUCAAGCGACUACAAAGUAUGAGGUCAUCACAACAAGCAGCUUUCAACACAAUUAAAACUUCUGUUUCAACAAAGCCAAAUGGAUAUCUCUUGCUGCCACCCAACUCUUCACUUCCUGACAGAAUAGAAUCAAUGGAAAUUGACCUGACUCCUCCAGCAAGAAAGCCUGAAAUGGCAGCAGGCCCUUCAAGAAUCUCUCUGAUUAGUCCACCUCAGGAUGGACGCAUGGGCAGUGUCUCCUGUCGGGGAUCCCAGCAUCUCAGCUUGACACCCAGCCAUGCAAGCAUGACAAAGGCUAUCAGAGUCCCACCAUUGCAGAUGCCCUACAAGGAACUAUCACCAGCUCCAGCACCACAGCUAUCCAGCAGAGCAGCACAAGGGCCUUCCCCCAGCCUUAGUAGUUCAUGGACUGGACUACCCCGACAGCCCAUCAGCAUCUCGGGCCUGCUGCAGAGGCAGUGUGCAGGGUCAGCAUCCCCUGGGGGGAUGGACAGUGAAAAGAUGAGCCCAUUCCUGCCCUCCACACCUGCAAAUCUACGCUCUGCAGCCAGCCCCUGGCAUGGCUUGUGCCAGCCAGUGUGUGGUGCUAUGUACCAUGGACAGAUCUCUGCAGAGACCUUGCAGGUAAGAUCUAAGGGCAUAGAACCCAUUGCUUUGUGGACAAUGGACCCUUCCUGUGGGAGACAUUUGGCACUCAUAGAGAACUUGUCUGGUUCUGUAGAAGACAUUAACAGCAGAAAGAAGUAAGUACCCACUCUGCAGAUGGGCUGAGAUGCAGGCAGACUGCACACUGGAUUAUUCCUCUGUGAAUGCUGUUGCCAGUGUUGCACCUCCCCAGCCCUCGGGAAAUGAUGCUUGGACUGCUGAGCAGAAAUAGCCUUCCUCUGCUAUACAAGAAGGCUAUAUGACCCAGGCAUGGCUUUCUCCCAGGAGUGUGUUUGAUCCUAAAAGUAUGUGAUGGGUGUUCAGAAAUCUUGUAAUAAUAUACCUGUGUUAAGUUGCUUCCAUUCCCAGAAUUUGUUUGUAAAAAUAAUUUUAUAAAUUCUUUGUGAAUUUCAUGUAAUGUGUUAGAUCAUAAUCACCACUUGCUCUUACUCUUUAAAAAUAUUUA